AUGAAGUGGUGUGCAGUGAUUUGUCUGGUGUUCGCAUCGGUGGCUUGCAACGAGCUGCCUUUAGCUGAACCAUGUAACGAACAACUAUGUCAAUUGCCAGAUUGUAGAUGUUCAUCUACAGAGAUUCCUGGAGGCUUGCAACCGAGAGAUACACCACAGUUCGUUCUCGUCACAUUCGAUGACAAUAUAAAUCACAUAAAUAUUGAAACCUACAGAGAUAUAUUAUACAAUCGCAGAAAUUCUGACGGUUGCCUCUCAGGUUUUACCUUCUACAUAAAUCAUGAAUACAAUAAUUAUGUAUUCACCAAUGAACUGUAUAACCAAGGUUACGAAAUCGCUCUACAUUCAAUCAGCCACCAGGAGCCAACCACUUAUUGGGAAGAAGCCACAGUUGAAUCUAUGGUUAGAGAAUUUGCAGACCAGAAAGGACAAAUGGCGCACUUCGCAAAUAUUCCCUACAACACUCUACAUGGUAUGCGCAUUCCCUUCCUCCAAUUGGGAGGCAAUUCCAGUUUCCAGAUGAUGGCUGAGGAAGGCAUACUUUACGACCACACCUGGGUUACUAUCGCCAAUAUCGAUCCUGGUAUGUGGCCAUACACCCUGGAUUAUGCUUCAACCCAAGAUUGCGUUAUAGGACCAUGCCCUAAUGCAUCAAUUCCUGGAGUAUGGGUGCUACCUAUGAUUACCUGGAGAGAUUUGAAUAAUAGUCCAUGCUCGAUGGUGGACAACUGCCCGACAGCGCCUGACCUUACUGAUGAAGAAGGAUGGUUCCAGUUCAUUUUAACUAACUUCGAGAGGCACUACUUGGGCAACCGAGCUCCAUUCGGUUAUUACAUCCACGCGUGGUAUCUCAGCGUCAAUCCAGCUGUGGAGAGAGCUCUAUACAGAUUCCUGGAUCUAAUUAAUAAUCUCAAUGACGCAUUCUUGGUCAACAGUCGUGAUGUAAUUGACUGGGUAAAGAAUCCUGUACCGGUGCCCGAGUACAGACAGCAACCAUGCAACACCUUUGUACCGACUUCUUGCGCAGCACAAUCUUGUGGGCCCAUACAAGCUGAACAUAAGGACUACGACUACUGGAUGCAAUCUUGUGCCCCAUGCACCAGAGUAUACCCAUGGCUUGGCAAUCCUCUCGGCGUGUAA